AUGGGUGUGGCAGAGUCAAUGGGUGUGGCAGAUAUUGAUGAUGCUGAAGCAAUAACAACGGCGAGGAAAAAUACAGAAGAGAAACGCAUGGAACUGCUAGGAAAACACUCUGCUUUUAUAUGCCAGCAGACUGCCACGCAAGGUCUCUUGGCAAAUUGGUGCAACCGUCUCUAUGGAGUUUGUCCGCCGCAUAAUGGAAGCAGCUCAAGGGCCUGCGAAUGUCGGUUUGCUCAGUUUAGCUCAAACCUGUUGUAUGGAAAAGCUCCAGAGCAAGCACGAACCUAUCCAAUUUCUACCAAGGUAUCUCGUGGCCCUGCCCAGGUGUGGGAUCACCGCUGGGUCUGGUGGAAAGAGGACUCCCUCUUUACAGAAGAUCUGGACUGGAUGGUAGAGUGCCUUGCAUUUAUUGCGACGACUCAAAAUGGCGUAUGA